CAAAGAGUCACGUGACUAAUUCCCCGCGUUUAACCAAAACAAAAGUAGACGACGGCUGCUGCUGGUGUGAUAAUAAAAUACUAUUUCUUAGGAAUCAAAAUCACAAUUUAGACUGAAUCAUGGCGCAGGCUAAAGUGACAGAUUACUACACUAGACGGAAGCACAGUUCUUCACUUCAACCAACUAAAAGAAGUGCAAGGAUUCAGAAACUUGGCGACAACGAGAUCACGCCGGCAAAAUGCUCAAGAAAGACGGCUGUCCUCCCCGAAACUCUCCCGGUGAAAACCGCAGCGCUUGGUACCAGUCUCGUCAGCCGAGGCGGUGAAGUUGAUCUUUCCAACCAACUUCGAGCAUUCAACGAGUCCAAAUCAGAAGCAAAUUCUGCUUUAGUUAGUAGUAUAUUGACACGCACUUUCACCGGAACGACAGUUCAAGAUAAGAAGAGAAGCAAAAAUGUUGUCCCACUCCCAGAAUCUUCUUCCUCCAGUCUUCCCACAGAAACGAAAAAAGAAAGAGUUUUGGAGAAAACACCUCUCAAAAGGCAGGUUUCUGAUCCAGAAAAAGGUGACCCACCUCGAAGAAAAAGAACUAAAAUUAAUCUUCAGCAGGAUUCUGAGAAGACUGAAAUUCCAAGGACACCUGGCACUGGCAGAUCAAGCAAGAAAAGGACAAAUGCUGCAUCAAUUAGGAGGCGUCUUGAACCAACGUCAUCAACGAUAGACUCAAGUAAAUCCGCAGGCUCAAAGAAAUUUGAGGAUAUUGACCCCAACCAGAUGAAAGAGACAUUGCUUGGAUGUGGAAAGCUGGCUGACCUUCAGGCUCGUCUUGCCCUUGUCAAGGACACAGCAGCAGAGAUCAAGAGGCUGCAAGCUACAAAGAAGACAGUCUCAAAACCAGUACCCAAGAUUGCAGAGAAAGAGAGUGCUCCGACUGUGGUCCCUGCGUUUGAAAGGUAUCGUCAUCUGAUCCAGGCUGGUCCUUCAAGUCUUGCUCUUCCCUUCAGGUACAGAUCAUUAGAAGAUGUCUUCCGUUGCUCGGACACCGUUGUCAGCAUGUUGCACAACCGGUCGGAGAACUGCACUUUCUCCAAGCUCAAGGGUGGUGUCCAGGCGAUGAGCCGGAAGAACUUUGAUUUAAGCCACCUGAAGCAGAUCAAGACUGUUUACCCAUCAGCGUAUGAUAUGCACUGGACUAAGAAGGAAUCACAACAGAAGAAGGAUGAAGAGAGCAGCACUCAUCAGCUCAUUCUGGAAGCCGACCUUGCAGGCAUCCCAACUGGAGAACCCAAAGACGAAGAUGGAGCUAAAGGUUCUAUGAUGAAAGAUUUGAUGCAGGGUGACAAGAAAAACCAAGCCGGGAGUAGCAGGAUGUUUGAUAAGUUCACACCUUCCAUGCUUAUCGCCAGGAGAACACUCUUCCAUAAUGGUCUAGUGGACAUCGUCAAAUCACAUCACACGGAGUAUCUUGCUAGCCUGAAUCCACCCAUCACAUCGAUUCCAGACGAGAAGCUACACCGCUGGCAUCCCAAGUUCCCAUUGGAGAAGAUUCCAGAGGUCCCGGCUUCUGACCUGCCAGCGCCCCCAAAGGUCUCGACCUUUAACACGGCCAGGGAUGUUCUGGACAAGGCCAGGCAGAUGAUGGUUAACCCCAAGGUCACAAAAGCUCUGGAACUAGUUGCCAAAAAUUCUGAACUGAAAGCUGCAGUGGAAGCCAAGCGUGCAGAGGAUGCUAAGAAGAAGGAUGUAACUCCACAACCCAAGAAAGGCAACCAAGCUCUCAAAGGUGUGUCACAGGAUCUUCUCAGCAGAAUCAAAGCUAAGGAGGCUCGUAACACUGUGAUUACCAUGAUGAGGACCCCUGAGGAGGAAGGAAGGAUAGGAAUGCUGGAACGUCUUCCAGUAUUGUGCAAGAUCCUGAGAGUAUUUUUCCUGGCAGAGAAGAAAGCAGCUUUGCCAAUUGACAGUAUUAUUCAGAAACUUAUGGAGAGCUAUCGAUCUGCGCUGUCAAGAGAUGAUCUGGAGAAGCACAUUGCUCUGAUGCUUGAGAUCCUUCCUGAUUGGCUGAAGAAGGUCAUCAUCCGCAAGACGACGUACAUCAAGAUGGACAGGACGAAGGAGAUGAGUGUGGUCAUCGACAUCAUCAACAAUCAACUCAAAGAAGCAAAGAAAGUCUAGUGAGGAGAGUUUCACCUUGGUUUUAAAUGGACCCCCAUGUUGACAUUGACGUUAGUAAAUGGUCUUCCUUGAGGUGAUUGUCAUCUUGUAAUCAUCAAUGUUAUAUACAACCGGCUCAACGUAGGGAAGAAAAUCUAGCGAGGAGAGUUUCAGCUCAGUUUUACAUGGACCCCCAUGUUGACAUUGACGAUAGUAAAUGGUCUUUCUUAAGGUGAUUGUCAUCGUGUAAUCAUCAAUGUUAUAUACAACUGGCCCAAAGAAGGGAAAAAAAUGUAGUGAGGAGAGUUUCAGCUCGGUUUUACAUGGACCCACAUGUUGACAUUGACGAUAGUAAAUGGUCUUUCUUAAGGUGAUUGUCAUCGUGUAAUCAUCAAUGUUAUAUACAACCGGCCCAAAGAAGGGAAGAAAAUGAAAGUGAGAAGGUUAUUAGCUACUUAUUUGCUUCACCGUACCUGCAUACUGAUAUUCUGACUAAAGUAUCUAUGUCCCAUACCUUGGAGGCUGUUGGGGCAACAAUGAAAUGGACCUUGAGACAUGGGUUCUCCAUGACUGUCCAUCUUCAGCAUUUCUAGUUAGCAGCUCAGAUGACAUUCCUGUCCCCUGCUUGAUAUUAUCAGCCCAUGUCCUGGUUGGUCUGUCCCUCUUUCUUCUAGCUGCCAUCAGUUUCCAUCUUGCAAGAUUGUGUUUGCCAAGCUAUUCUUCCAUCUAGUUACCUGCGGGAACCACUGCUUCAGUCUUCUUUUCUCAAUUAAUUGAGAUGAGAAGAGGUGCUGACAUUGUUAGCUAUUUCACUUGUUCAAAUCAAAUGUCAUCAAUUUUAAGCUGAAUAGUCUAGCGCCAGCUAGUGCCAGGAAGAUAAGUAUAUUGAGACGCAGUUUUGCUUAACUAUAUACCCACAUACAAAAAUUGAUGUUGGUCAAUCCGCUUCUCAAGCUCCAAGCUGAAUGCCAUAGCAUCGGUGCUAGCUGUCAACAACCACCUAUACUAUUUCAAGAGAACCAUUUAUAAAGGAUCGACCAAGACUUCACCUAAACCCCAUACUGACAAUGAUGAUGAGUUUGCUUUUUGCAAGUUGUUUAGCUGUAUAGUCUAGAGCCAGCGAAGAAAGACACAUAAUCAAGAAAGACAGGUAUCCCAGCUCAAAGAGGGCAGUAUAUUCUCGUGGGGAGGGUGUGAGUUGUGCUUUACUGGACCCAGCCUGCAAUAAUGAUAUUGACCAAUUUGCUUCUUGAACUUAAAUGUUUUAGCACUUUUUAAACCACACAUUUAACCAUCAUCUAAUCAGCCUGAAUCAAACUCAUUCAUGUCAACGAUUCUGUUUCACACAUUAUUUUAAAAGUUGAUUAUCAAAGUGCACAUUACGCCCUUUUUUUUACACAUUAAAGCCUCUGAUGCCUGCAUACAAUGUACUUUCCUCAUUUUUGAAUUCACUGAAUGUUUCAUGAAU